AUGCCCCCGACGCCGUUUCAGCCGAGUCAUCAGACGCCCUUCAAAUCGACGAUCUCGACUUCGCAGCAGGCUCGAGUCCAUCACACACCGUUCGAAGGCACAACCCAACUCUCUGUACAGGACCUUGUUGACCCUUCGGACUGGAGAUAUCACGCUGAAGGAGGCAAGAAUGUCCUCUUCUCCUUCAGCCCUCGCAGUACCUCUCCGGGCGAAGGAGAGAGCCCGUUCGCAACACCAGCAUGCACCUACGCAUUGCGCAUACCCAAAAGUCUACCCUCCACAAACCCUUUUGAAUCUCCAGACGAUGACGAGGAAGAAGCAGAGCAAUUCACACAGCAAGUCAUAACUCCUCUCCUCGGCCCAUCAGCGAUCCUACCUAAAACCAUCAAAAUCGCAGUCAGAACAGCCCGUGAUCGCAGCAUCAUCGACACUCUUGCCGGCUCGAUCGAAAUGCAGCGCCCGGCAGCACGUCGUGCUCACCCAGCACGAAUCAGAGCUGAAGCACUAACGUACAUCUACGCUGUGCAGGAUGUGACAGCUCCUAUCCUCUGCUCCUCCGCCUUGACCUCUGCUGCAGGAGUACUUUCUGUCGAGAUCAAACCAAAAUGGGGCUUUCUACCACGUACUGAUUCCCUUCCACCUAGCUCGCCAAACAUCGAACUCAAGGCCAAGUACUCGAGGUAUCGCAUGCACAGAGUAGCUAAUGCCAAGGAGCUAGGGGGGAGCAUGACAAAGGAGCCAGGUGAGAGCAUGACAAAGGGAAAGUUUGAUGCGCUGUAUGAUCCGCUUGAUCUGUACAGCCAGGAUGAAGGUAGGAAGAAGAAGGCGAUCAAAGCUCUUUGGGACGACUGGAAACAGACAGGCGGUAAGACGAACAACUUCAGACUGUUCUGGAAUGGCCAACUUGUGCAUCCUGAUGACCAGGAGUCGCUCAAGAGGAUCGCCAGCUUCCUCGGAACAGGGUCGGGAGAGGAGGAGCUGUUAGGAGCGUUGACGAUGCAUCUCUUCGCUGAACUGUCCAAGUCUUGGAUUCCGUCUGGGGACGGAGCCCAUUUGUCGAAAACGCCUCUUCCGCCUUCAAACGGAGGAGGUGGCGACAAUGUGCUUUCCCGUCUCGCUCACCUGCAGGCGAGUCUCGAUCCGCUUGAUGCCGAAGGCCUUGCCCAUCUUUGGCUGCAACGAACUCAGUCACACACACUCGGUCAACAUACCGACCGGGCUGCAGAUCUUCCUCCGGCUCUCACCUCUCUCCUGCCAUCCUCGCAGCUCUAUCCAAUCCUCGAGACUUUCUUGAGCGCGAACAAGGUCGACACUGCAAAUGUGAAGCUGGAAGACGCAGUGCAAGCUUUCCUCGUUUCGGCUAGUUUCAAGGACUGUUCCCUUCUCAUCCGAUUUUUUCGGCAACAUGGCGGAGAAGCUGUGGUGGGAGAGACAAAGCUAGUCGAUUUGGACAGGAAACCGUUCGCCAAGCUCGCUAGCAUGCAAAAGACUGAUAGCGAGGUGUGUGCUGCGUUCCUUGCCUGGCUGGAGACGUUGGAUGCUGAACCAAAGGCUUCUGUUGCGCCUUGA